AUGCCACGAGGAGAGGGCUACGAGAAUGCAACCGCAUAUGUGGUCUCGCUGUGUCUGGUCUUCACCAUCUGCGUAGCCCUGCUUCGCCUCUGGAUUCGCAAGAGCGCGUAUGGCCGCGAUGAUGCGGUGAUAGGAGCUGCAACCCUGCUUUCCUUUGGACACACGGCGGCCAGCUAUGCCGCGCUCAAGUUUGGUCUUGGCAAGCGAUGGGUCGCAGUCGAGGACGGCGCGAGCGCCGAUUUGGACAAGCUUGAUCAGGUGAAUUGGGCCGAGACGCAGCCAACACAUCACGCUCCGAUGCUGAUAGCUGACAGGCCUCCCUCGCUGGCAUCAUCCUCUUCUUCGCCGCACUCUACCUUUCCAAAUGCGCCAUGCUCGCUUUCCUCCGCCGCAUCACCAAGACACGCUCUCAAGUCCUUUUAUACCACAUCUGUACUGGUGCUGUGGGCGCAUUGGGCUUGCUUUCGAUGAUCAUUGCCACCGCGGGUUGCCCCACGGAGUCCGGAUACUAUUGGGCCUUCCAUUGGAAUGCUUCCAGUUGCCCUUCUCAGGUAAGACAUGUUCAAUAGCAACGAGAGCGCAAGUUGCGUCUGAGUGCGAGCUUGGCGGCGAUCGCAUCUUCAAAGUCCGAGAUACAUCAUGCGCAUGAGAGAUGCUGACUUCUGUAGAGCGCCCGCUGGCAGACAUUAACCGGGCUGGACAUAGUAACAGAGAUCUUACUACUCGUGUUACCGAUCCAUCUCGUGUGGAACCUCCAGAUGCCGCUCUCCAAGAAAGCAAUGAUCACGGUUGCAUUCUGGGUCAGGUUACCGUAAGUGAAGUGAAGUGUGGAGCUGUGACGAUAAAUGACUAACCCUUCUCAGGGCGUUGGGUUUUUCGCUCGGCCGGAACUACUACACCCUCCAGCUGCAGCAAUCGGACUCCUCGCCCACUUUCGAUAGUGCCCUCGUCGUGAUCUGGAUGGAAGUCGAACUCGCCUACGCCAUCGGAGCCAGCACCUUAUCGGCAAUGAAGUCGUUCACGGAGUCGGCGAACACCGGGUUUGGCCUCGGAUGUAAGUUUUCGCAGGGGCAGAGAAGGUAGUGAAAGAGACCGGGUGGCUUACGAAUGUAACCUUUUCUCAAUAUAGUCACUCGAGGGAAAGCAGACGACUGUUAUGGCCUUUCGAACGUAUCCGCCUCCUCAGGCGCAACAAGAACCGACAAGGACAGCAAGUGCGCCUCAGGGUCUCAGAGUCAGCCCUCCGAACAUGUCAGAAAGCCCUGUCACGCCGUCACACGACCGAAAGCACAUGGUACCAGCGUGGAAGAGCCCGCGCUGAAAUUGAGGCCAGAGCGUGGAAUAGCGACUUACACCAGCGUCUCGGCAGAACCGAUCGGAAAUGGCGGCCAGAAUGUGUGGCGCGCAAACAGCAGCGUCGGAAGCGACACUUCCAGGGAGAAUGAUCUGGUGAUACUGCGUGAGACGGGGUACGAUGUCCAGCACGACCGAGCGCCGAUGCUGCCGGUUGCAGAAUUACGCGCAUGA